AUGCCGAUGAGCGCUCAGCCAAGUAGAUCAACCCGACGGAUCUCCAUCAUGCGUUGUCCUAUCAUCGUCGGCGCCGGACCCUCGGGCCUCGCCGUCGCCGCAUCUCUUGGCCGUCUCUCGGUGCCCUCCAUCAUCCUCGAGAGGUCGGACGGCAUCGCCGACCUCUGGUGCCACCGCACGUAUGACCGCCUCAACCUUCACCUCCCCAAACCCUUCUGCCAGCUUCCUCAUCUCCCAUUCCCCGCCCACCUCCCGACGUACCCCUCCAAAGACCACUUUCUCGACUACUUGCACCGCUACGCCGAUCACUUCUCCCUCCGCCCGCUCUUCGGCUGCACCGUCACCGACGCCCGCUUCGACGAAGCCGCGUCCCUCUGGCGAUCGAGCCGGUCACCGUCGUCGUCCUCGAGCGAACCUCUGACGGAGCCGAGGGAGCUGGAGGUGGUGGAGUUCGCUUCGCCGUGGCUGGUGGUGGCGACAGGAGAGAAUGCGGAGCCGGUGGUGCCAGAGAUCAAAGGGGCUCAGGCGUUCAUGGGGAGUCUGCUGCACUCAAGCGAGUACAAGAGCGGGGUGGAGUAUCGGGGGAAGAGGGUGCUGGUAAUAGGGUGUGGGAAUUCCGGGAUGGAGAUAUGUGUGGACCUGUGCGAGCACGGAGCCAUGCCCUUCAUGUCCGUGAGAAGCGGAGUGCAUGUUCUACCGAGGGAGAUGCUCGGGACGUCCACAUUCGGUGUGGCGAUGAGGCUGCUGAAGUGGUUGCCAACCAGAGUAGUGGACAGGUUCCUGUUGAUCAUGGCCAAGAUGAUCAUUGGAGAUACCGAGAAGUAUGGGCUGAAAAGGCCAAAGAUGGGGCCUUUGGAGCUGAAGAACAAGACUGGCAAAACCCCUGUUCUGGAUGUUGGAGCCUUGUCAUUGAUUAAAGCUGGAAAGAUCAAGACUGUGCAGGAAGUGAGGUCCCUAACAAGCAACGGCGCCAAGUUUGUCGAUGGAGAGGAGAUGGCUUUCGACUCUGUGGUCUUUGCGACAGGGUACAAGACCAAUGUCCCAUUCUGGCUCAAGGACACUGAUUUAUUCUCGGCGGAAGGGAAGCCCAAACUCCCAUUCCCUAGUGGCUGCAGCGGAGAGAAUGGCAUCUACUUCGUAGGCUUUACGGGGAAAGGUCUUCUUGGCGCUAGCGCCGAUGCCAUCGAAGCUGCUCUCCGCAUAUCCCAGAGAUGGACAAGCCUCUCAAAGAACAGAGAUCUCGUUCUCUAA